AUGGCUGGCUUAGACUUGGGCUUUGCUUCUCACUUUGUUAAUCAAUUUCAGCACCCUUCCGUCGAUCUCCGCCUGCAGCGGCGGCCGGAUGCCGACGAAGGUUACGGCCAGUUUCACGACGGUGAUGAAGACCACAACAUCUCACAACAACCCAACUCCGGCGGAGAAAUUAUGGGUCGCCGCCCGAGAGGCCGACCGCCCGGUUCGAAAAAUAAACCGAAGCCACCGGUUAUUAGUACCAGAGAAAGCGUUAACACCCUUCAAGCCCACGUCCUGGAAGUCAACACUGGUUGCAAUGUGUUUGACUCGAUCGCCACGUAUGCUCGGAAAUGCCAACGUGGCAUCUGUAUCCUGAGCGGUACUGGCACCGUCACUAAUAUUACCUUGCGACAACCUGCGACCGGUAGCGCCGUUAUCACACUCUCCGACAGGUUUGAGAUAUUAUCUUUGUGGGGUUUGUUUUUGCCUCCGCCGGGGGCGACGAGUUUGAGUAUCUUUCUCUCCGGAGGGAAAGGGCAGGUUAUCGGAGGGAAGGUUGUUGGCUCUUUGAUUGCGUACGGACCGGUGAUUGUCAUCGCUUCGUCGUUUACCAAUGUUGGUUAUGAGAGGCUGCCGUUGGACGANGAAUACAAAGGAGGCGAUAAAAGCCAUGCAUAA